GAUUAACUUGCUGUUUCCCAAACGAUCUCCGGUGUUUUUACCGGUAAUGUGCGCCGCAGCCAAUAACUUUUCACCCAGUUGUUUGCCCCUGCCCCGUGGGGCCUGUUUGUUUUUGGGGGGUGGAAUAAUGACGGGAAAUGUUAUAUAAACAGCUCAGAGAAUAGAAAGGCUGCCCUCACACGUGGAACAUGGAGCUGACCUGUCCAGUUAUGUGGCCCCUAUUGUGGGGGCUCUUCGUGCUUUCGGUGGCCCAAAACACCUGUCCAGAGGUGAAGGUCACCGGUUUAUCCGGAUCUGAGAAAGUGACCGUUAUCCAGGGAUGUCCCGGAGCCGCCGGACCCAAGGGUGACAUGGGACCCCAAGGGCCAAAAGGUGAGAAGGGAUCUCCCGGCAUUACGGGUAAGAUGGGUCCAAAAGGAGCCAAAGGAGAUAAUGGGCAGAUCCAAGUCCAAGGGCCAGCAGGAUCUUCUGGCAAACCUGGUCCUCAAGGACCAAAAGGAGAUAAAGGCUCUCCGGGAGUUGCUGGAAACAAUGGCCUCCCAGGACAAAAAGGAUCUCCUGGCCAACCCGGUCCUGCAGGACCUACAGGCAGCCCGGGGGAGGCGAGCGUCGGGAAAGGACCCAAGAACUGCAAAGAGCUUCUCCAGCGAGGGAAUUCUCUGAGCGGCUGGUACACGAUUUACCCCAACAGCCAGAAGGCCAUGACAGUAAAAUGUGACAUGGAGACGGACGGCGGGGGCUGGACUGUUUUCCAGAGGCGUCAGGACGGUUCCGUGGAUUUCUUCCAGAACUGGAAUUCCUAUAAAUCAGGUUUUGGAAACCAACAGAGCGAUUUCUGGCUGGGGAACGAUAACCUGCACCUGCUGACGUCAACAGGGACCUUUGAGUUACGGGUCGAUUUAACGGAUUUUGAAAACGGUAAAUAUUUUGCGGUCUAUAGUGACUUCAAAAUUGCCUCGGAGUCCGAUAAAUACAAGCUGAGACUUGGAAAAUUUACAGCUGGAAAUGCAGGAGACUCUUUCAGUUACCAUAGCAACCGACCGUUCAGCACACGGGACAGAGACAACGACGAGGAUGCAAAUAAUUGCUCCCUGAUUUUUUACGGCGCUUGGUGGUACGGCGCCUGCCAUCACUCCAAUCUCAAUGGUCGGCAUCACGAUGGCCCGCACAGCAGCUACGCAGACGGGAUCAACUGGAAGACGGGCAAAGGGAUGAACUACUCCUACAAAGUGUCUGAAAUGAAGUUCAGGCCGGUUUAAUCUGUGAUAGAUUAGGAACAAUAUCCAAUAAAACAUUUUUUAAAAUC